UCUUGAUUUAGGUACGUCGGAAACCAGGUGCAAAAAUGAGUAAUGAAGAAGUUAUGGAGAAACUUCGAGAAAUUUGUUCUCCAAUAAAAGCAGAGUCAGUCUAUGAAAAAGAUUGUGAAAUAGGAGAAAUUGGGUCUGGAGCAUCUGGAACUGUAUUUGUUGCUAAGGAAAAAGCAACAGGUCGCAAAGUUGCAGUGAAAGAUAUUGACCUUGAGAAGCAGCCAAAAAAGGAAUUAAUUCUUACAGAGAUUCAGGUCAUGAAGGAACUGCAGCAUGAAAACCUUGUUAAUUUCCUGGAUGUCUUCCUUCAAGAAAACCACCUGUGGGUGGUCAUGGAGUUACUUGAUGGUGGGCCCUUGACGGACGUUGUAACAGAAACGGUAAUGAAAGAGACACAGAUUGCUGCCGUGUGUUACCAUACAUUGCAAGGUAUCAAUUACCUCCACAAAAAUGGUGUCAUUCAUAGAGACAUCAAGUCCGACAAUGUCCUCUUAGGUAAAGAUGGAUCUGUCAAGGUGACAGAUUUUGGAUUCUGUGCUAAUAUUUCAGGAGAUGAGAAGCGUCAAACAAUGGUUGGAACACCUUACUGGAUGGCACCAGAGGUAGUGAAUAGAAAGCAGUAUGGGAAGAAAGUUGACAUUUGGUCCCUGGGCAUUAUGGCUAUAGAGAUGAUUGAUGGUGAACCACCAUAUCUGAAUGAAACACCAUUACGUGCACUUUACCUUAUUGCUUCAACUGGAAAACCUAUUGUAGCAUCCUGGGACAAGCUGUCACCUGAAUUUCAGGUAGAUUUUUUAAUAUAAUUUUUGUUUGUAUAUAUGCGUAGGGGAUGGGAGUUUUCUGGAAUCAUGUGAAUCUGUAUCAGUCAAUCAUAUAUUGUUUUCAGUAUGCAUCUCAGCUUUCAGCACAGUGUUGUUAAUGUCUGUUAAAGAAACUGCUAGAUGCAUUUUUUCCUGAAGUUUUUGACGAAGCAUUGGUUUUAUCUUGCUUUAGAUUUGAUCUACUGCUUUAUCAGACAUUGUUGCUCUCUUUUUUUCUGCCCUGUAUCUAUCUGCCUUGUGCAAGUUGCUGUCUUGCUUUGCAUAUGAUCAGCUUUGAUGAAGACAUGGAAGCAGAUUAUUUACAAGGGAUAAAUGAUGUUUGGUAAAGGGGAAGAAAUAAAGAUAGAGCUGAUAUAGGUAGUUACUUACUUAGUAAUAAGUAAAAACAUUUUCCAUUAAAUUUACAAUGAACUUUUGAAAGAGUGGCUAUUGAAGAGGUACCAAACCAUAAGAGGGAAACUUGAUUCUAUUGUCAGUUACUGACCCUUUCUCUACCUGACUAUUGUAUAUAAUUUAUUUAAUCUGAAUUUAUAAAAGGCACUGCUCACUUUUGUUAUCAUCAUAGAUAAACAUGUUAUCUUAGCUCCUGUCAUCACUUGAUAUCUAAACCAUGAACUGAUAAGAUUUCAGAAUAAUAUUACCUAUACCUUUAUAUCACUUUUUAAUCAUGACUCAUUUUUUUUACAAGGCAGUUUUCUCAAGCAAAGAAUUUGCUUUAUUUACUCCACUCCCCCCAAUCAGAAUUACUGAUCAAUUGAUCAAGAGAG